AUGUCUGUCGAGAUCGAUCCUCAGGAGCUUGGCUUCCAUCGGCCAUUUACCGCGGAAGUUUCGGAAGUCUUACGGAUCAGAAACCCAAAUUCUCACCCGGUGGGCUUUAAAGUGAAAACUACCGCCCCGAAGCAGUACUGUGUCAGGCCUAACUCAGGCCGGGUUGAGCCGGGCAAAGAGGUGGAGGUUUCAGUGAUACUCCAGGCAAUGAAGCAAGAGCCUCCUCCUGACACGAAAUGCCGAGACAAAUUCUUAGUUCAGUCUGUCGCGAUCACUGGAGACAAGGAAUUCGCCAACCUAGCAUCUAUCUGGGACGGUAUUGAGAAGUCGUCGGUACAGGAGAAGAAGAUUCGGGUUAUCUUCUUGCCCCCCGUCGGUACUCCUGCUGGCGCCGCUAACCUCGAGACGCCCGUCAAACCUUCCACAGCCAACGGCGCAAACCUUGAUGUGGCCCCUCCUGCCUACUCCUCUCCUGGUGAUUUUUCGACGAGCCAAACCGAUGCUAAGACGGAGGACAACGAAGUCAAGCAUGACGAGUUCUUGGCAGCCGGAGGCGUGGCGGCAGUUGCGGCUACCAAGAAUGGCGAUCUAAGCCCCGAGGAACUCAAGCAGCAACUUAUCCAAGCCGAGAGAGUCAUCGCACAACUUAAGCAAGAUCAAGAAGGUUUGCGGCAACGCAAGACAGCGGGCGCGGAUAAGGCCGGCUCCAAGCCUACCGAAUUAGUUCAGACGGCACGAUCCGGUACUGAAGGUGUACCAAUCAAGCUUACAGCAAUUCUUUGCUUCGUGAGCUUCAUGCUCGCGUAUCUCUUCUUCUAA